AAGAUGAUCCUGCAAUCUCAAACAAAAAGUCUUGUGCCUAUGAAAAAACAGAUCAUGGCAGUUGUAAAUUAUCUUCAAAAGGUGGGACUGUAUUGGGCAUUGCAGCCAGUGAUAUUUCCCAGCAUCUUGAGAAUUUUAAUAAUGAUCCCAAAUAUGCUUGUACAUACAUGGAGAUUUCUUAUAAAGAUAUUGAGUCGGAAAAUAUAAUCGCAUGCCGGGGAAGUCUUUCAUCUUCAAUAUCUAAAGACAGUCUAAUAUCCCCUGAUAGUCGGAAAGGUUCCCUUGAAAUAAUUAGUGACAUAGGAAAAAAACAGUCUUCUUCAGAACGAGAAUUAUCUGUGGAAAAAUCAGAACCAGUCAACAAAGUUGUGGAUGGAGGGGGCACAGCAUUUACAGUGGAACUUGGAGACUUGAAACCACGAAAGUGGAAUGCCUCUGGCAGCUUGAGUGAAUUCAUGCCAUCAAAGAUUCGUCGAAGCUUUAGAGAGAGAGCUUUGAAACAGUCAACCAAAGAUGGAACACCUCCAAAAACUGUUGCUGAAGGAGAUUCCCCAGACAGCAAAACUGAAGAGGUUGAGUUUGCACCUGAGAAAACCAAAACAAAGAACUCUAAAAGUAAUCAUUCAAGUGAAGAAGAAGAAAUUCACGUUAAAACAAAAAAAGAAAAAGACAUUUCUCCUGGGGUCAAAAAUGGUAAUGUGCCAUUUUCCCAUUCAAAAGCUGCAAACCAUCAUAAUGAUUCUGAAGAACAUACACCACCUGCUUGUUCUGGUGCUGCUUCAUUCCUUAUCAACAAGAUGUUUCAAGGCACCUCGUCAGGCAUGUCUUCUGGGACUAAUUCCAAUAUGGGUUUUGAGGACCAGGAGAUAGAACAAGAUCUUUACUCAGAAGCCAGAGAAUACAGUAAGAAGAUAUUUCAAGAGUCACAAAGUCCUGAAUCAAAAGAUCUUAUUGUUGAGAAAUCUACAGAAGACCAGCCACUGGAAAUAGCUGAAGAUAAAGUCAGUGAAGCUGGAACCUACACUAUUGAAGGUGAUGUAGAGGCAAAAGAAGAAGAAAUGGCAAGGAAGCGGAUUGACAAUGUAUUUGGAAUUGGACAAGAUCUCCAGAGACCAGUUAUUAAUGCUGAAACAAUUUCUUUAGAUAAAAACGGCACUGAGACAUCUCCAAAUGAAAACCUUUCCCCAGAAUAUUUAAAGAGCUUUGUAAACAAUACCUGUUUAGAAGAAACUCCCGAAAAAAAUUCUGUUGAUGAUGAAAAGAAUAUUUCACCUGACACAACCCAAACACCAAUAUCAGAUACCACAGUUCAAAGUUCUGGAAAAACAUCUGUGGAUAUGGAUUAUCGACCACAUUCAGAAUCGGCUGGCUCAUCUCCUUUAAUAUCAAAACCUCCAAUUGGAUCAGCUAGGAAGCGAGCUGGUACAGGUCGGAAACUGCCUUCCCUGCCUCCAGAUAAUAAUAGUAGUCCUAGUAGCACAAGUAGCAAGUCUCAACAACAAAUAGUGAGUACACCCUCAAGUAAGAAAAAUGAAAAGUGGAUUGUUGCUGACAUUAGUAAGAAACCAAAGAACCUCACCUCUUCCACUCAUGGAACAAAAAGCCAGAGAACAAAACUAGACUCUGAUAAUGAUACUAACAUUUUGCUCAAGAAUACAGAGAUGGCAAUGGCAGCCUUAGAAGCAAGGGUCACUUCUAACAACCUGGCCGGGACGGAUGAUUCUGAAUCAGACAUUUCUUCAAGCACAAAUCAUCGAGAAGGUAUGUUUCGAUCCAGGAACAGAAGUACUGGGGAGCGACCUGGAAGUCGGAAAUCAUCGCUUUCUGAUAGUUCUAAGGUGCCAUCAAAAAGUUUCUUGUCGUCAAAGGAAAGGAACCCACAAGUGCAGAGAAAUUACUCAAAAGGUAGUGAAAAAGGGUCUGUUAGUUCGGACGUGACUAGUGAGUCUGAGGCCUUGGAGACAUUAAGUAACACUUCUGAUUUUAGUCUUGACUGUGUUAGUGAUGGUGAAGGAUUUAACCGGCACGGAUCUAAGGGCAAAGGCGGGAUUAGUAUGACUCGGCCAAACCGGGCAUUCCAAUUGAGACAAGCUAAAGCCCGAGGAACUGAAGCCACUGAUAAAUUACCACCACAUUCUGGUGGUUCAUCUUUACAUAUGCCAAGUGUUGUCUCCAAAUCUAGUGCCGGUAAAGUAAAAAGAGUUAACUCGAUUACUUUACCUACAGAAAAGCAAAUAGAUUCCCGAAGAAUAACAUCUAGCUCUGGUUCUGAUUCCAUCCACAAAACCACAGAAAGCUUAAAAAUUGGUUCCAAUUCUAAUUUCAUGAGAACUGAUGGUGGAAGGUACAGUCUGAGAGCUACUAGAUCUGCAUCAACAUCUUCUGCAACAAAACCCACUGUUGAUCACCGUUCAAGAACUGAUUCAAAGUUAAGUAAACCACAGCUGAAGUCUGCUCAUAGUACACCAGGAUUAAAUAUCGUCAGUCUAACCAGCAAGAGCCUGUCUCAGCCAGUCAGCCGGUCGAACUCUCCAAGGUCAUCUUCCGAUAAAAACAGUUCAAAGAAGCGAAAAGAAUUUUCGCAACGGAAACAAAAAUCUUCUUCUGCAAAUAUACCCUCUGCUGCUCCCACCGAAUCAAAGACUUCAAAAUCCCAAUCCCAUGCUGAUUCAUCAAAAAUGCCUGCUAAUAGCCGAAUGGUCCGAUCUGCAUCUUUGGAAUUAUCCAAGUAUAAGAACUCAGAAGUUGCAACAGACAAGUCUUCAUCCAAAUCAUACAAAGAUGUAUCCAGCCUUGGAGAAGAUUCUGUCAAGUAUGGUUUUGUUCCAUACAGUGGGUAUAAAACAUCCCAAAGCCACCUUCGGCAUGAACAAGAUGAGUUUGAUUUUGGUGAUGAAGAAACAUUGCAACAACCUAAAUCUAUACAGGCUGUCUGUAAAGGCUCGUUAGCAGGUUUUUCCUGCCAAUCUGCUUUUGUGCCUGCACCUAAGCGAAAACCACACGAUACCCUACAGUCUACUUUAAACCAUCUGCAGUCAUCUUGUAUAAAUUCCUCUUCACUAAAGAAAAAGAGAGAGUUGGUCAACUUGAGACAGUCAUGUGACCGUAUUAUUGUUUCUUCCAUUUACCGAUUGUCUGUCAAGUUGAAAACAGCAACUGACCGGACAGUUCAGAGAUUAAGAGAAUCUAAUAAAGCCAGCCCAAUGCCUUUUCUGACAGAUGACUUUAUGGAUCAAGAUUCUGGUGAAAUGCCUGCUUGGACAUCUGCAAAUCGGGAAUUAGCUGCGAUUCUCUGUAACCUAAGACACAUUGAACACCGCAUUCGAGUCAUUGAUCAAGCCUUAUUUCCAGAAAAGGAAGGUGGUCUUGAAGUUGAUGGUCUCAGUCGUCAGCGAAGAGAGAAAGAGAAAAAAAUUUAUUAUUUACAAGAGAUAGAAAGGAUACGGACAGAAAUUGCCGGCUUUCAACCUAUUGACAAUCCCGAAGACAAAUUAUGGAAAGACGAUGAAAGAAAGAUGGAGGGCAGUUUGAAUUACAGUGGUGAAGAAGAGCUCUUUUAA